AUGGCGGGGGAGGCGGACACCGGGGACAUCGGCGUGGGAAGCCAAGCUGCCCGGCUGCUGCUUCGGAAGAGCAUCUCUGCACUGCUUUCCCUGGGCAGCCUCCCCGCUGGGCAGCACCGAAAGAGGCCUUCGAGGCACGGUAAAAUCGGGAAACAAAACCUGAGGCACCGAGUUGGUGAUUUAGGACAUCGAUUCUGCUCCUGUCAGAUCUGCUCUGAAGGCUUAAAAACACCACGCUCUGCCUGUUCUAAAAGUGAAAGGCGACAUCAACUGAUAGACUGGUCUGUGGGUAAGACACAAGGCUGGGAAAAGCUCACUGUGACUCUGCAGUUUCCCAGCACAGCAGGAGCAGCAGCUGAUCCUUCUGCCUCAGCAAUGGCAGAAGCUGUCAUAAGGCAUUGGGUGGAAACCCCAGUACGCUACCAGGAGCAGUUUGUUGGCCAGGAGCUGGAGGCACACAGACUGAACCACCUUUUAUAUGCUUUGCCGGGCCCUGCCACCGCUGCGCCGAGCGACCAAAGGUGCGCCCCAGAAAGCAUGGCUGGGGGUGGGAAGAGCGGCCAGGAGGAGGAAAACACACAAUUCCGGGUCUUGCUGGAUGUUGUGCAGUUCCGCCCCGAAGAUAUCAUUAUCCAAACUUUUGAAGGCUGGCUCCUGAUUAAAGCUCAGCACGGACCCAGGAUGGACGAGCAUGGUUUCAUAUCCAGAAGCUUCACCAGACAAUACAAACUACCCGACGGAGUGGAGAACAAAGACUUGUCUGCACUUUUCUGCCAUGAUGGCAUUUUGGUUGUUGAAAUGAAGAACUCAGUGGAAAAGAAUUAG